AUGCCCGGCCUCGAGCGGCCGGCUGACCAUGUCUCAGGCCUGCCCCUCAUCGGCCGCGUGCACGACGUGCCGGUCAACGCGUCGUGGCUCAAGUUCUACGAAUGGAGCAAGAAGUACGGCCCGAUCUACCGCAUGGAGAUCUUCGGCACCGUGCACGUCUGGAUCUCGUCCGAGGCGAUCGCCCGCGAGCUCCUGUCCAAGCGGGGCGCCAUCUACUCGGACCGGCCGCUGAUCCCGAACCUGCCCGACAACCGCACCAGCGGCGACUACCUCGCCCUGCUCGGGCGCACCGAAACCUGGAAGCGCCAGCGCAAGCUGUGCAACCACCUGAUGCACGUCAGCGCUAUGGCGUCGCUGUACUCGUACCCGACCCACGAGCGCGACCGCUUCCUGUACCAUAUGUACCGCGACCCGGGCAACUACCUCGAGUGGAUCGAGCAGUUCACCAGCCGGACCGUGUCGCGGCUGAGCUGGGGCACGCCGCGGCCGGCACAGGUGCUGCGGCACACGACCUUCGGCCUGCUCGAGACCAUCAGCCCGUCGGGCGCGCUGCCCAACGUCGUCAGCUUCCUGCGCCACCUGCCGGCCGCGCUGAGCCCGUGGAAGAAGAAGGAGCGGGCCCGGCACGCACUCGAGGACAGGCUGUUCCACGCCAACGUUGGCUUCGUCGCCCAGCGCCUGGUCGCCGGCAGCGCCCGCCCGAGCUUCAUCCGCACGUUCCUCGAGACCAAGAGCAGCGCCGACACGCGCGAGCGCGCGCGGUGGGGCGACCAGGACGAGGCCAUGCACGUCGUCGGCCUGAUGGCCAUCGCCGGCGCGCUGACCAUCGGCAGCCCGAUCCAGAGCUACCUGCUGGCCAUGUGCCACUACCCGGAGUGGCAGAAGGCGCUGCAGGACCAGCUCGACGAGGAGCUCGGCGACCGCUGCCCGCAGUGGGAGGACCGCGAGCGGCUGCCGCUGCUGCGCGCCGUCGUCAAGGAGGUGAUCCGGUGGCGGCCGCCGGUGCCGACCGGAAUCCCCCACGCCGUCGAGCAGGAUGACGUCUACAACGGCUACUUCAUCCCCGCCGGCGCCACGAUCCACGCACUGGAAUGGGGCAUCACGCGCGACGAGACAAUGUACCCGGACGCGGAGACGUUCAACCCGGCGCGCUGGCUCGACCCGGCGUACCCGACGUACCGCGAGCCGCUGACGCAGCACCCCAACCUCAGCGGCUUCUCGCAGUUCGGCUUCGGGCGGCGCACGUGCCAGGGCAUCCCCGUGGUGGAGCAGGACCUGUUCCUGACCAUGGGCGGGCUCGCGUGGGCCUUCACCAUCCGCAAGAAGCGCGACCCGGUCACGGGCACCGAGAUCCCCGUGCACUGGAACGACUACACGCCGCUGCUGAUCGCCAAGCCGGCGCGCUUCCCCUUCGACGCGGUGCCGCGCUCGCCCGACCGCAUCGACCGCAUGCGCGAGAUGUACGACGCCGCGCGCGACCCGCCCGGCGCCGACGCCGACCUCGACCUCACCCAGUUCCAGCCGGACCUCGGCUCGCGCGUGUUCGGCGACCUGGGCGCCGACGCCGACGCCGACAACGCCGAGAUCAAGGAGCGGCUCUGGGCCGAGCUCGCCGCCGACGACAGCCCGAGCAGCGUGCUCACGCCGCAGUCCGACAGCGCCGAGGACGGCGAUCUCGAAGCGGGCACGUGGGGGCGUGUCGUCAGCAAGGUGGCCGCCAUGAUGGCGCGCGUGCCGGGGGCCUGGAUUUUCGACUGA